GCUCACAUCAGGUUUUACAAGCUCUCCUAUUUUGCACUAUAUCUAUAGGUUCUCUCAAAUCUGAUCAUGUGUGGGUGGACCGAGACAGGUGCCAGGACCGGAUGUGAUCAAGGUGGAUCGUCAGUGGAACGUCAGGGUAUAUAAAGGUUUGAGCGGACAACGACCGGGCCUUAGACAGUUAAACAUCCGGUGUGUGAGAGCCUCCAAGCGAGUGAACACUUAAUGUAAGUUUGAAAGCUCAACAUGGUGCAGCUGUCCCCUUCCUCUAACCUGAAUGUCACACCACCUGAGCACUCUGAGGACACAGAGGAAAGAAUGGGGGACCUGGUGGUGGCUGAUGGCCAAAAGGUGGGCUCGUCCCUGGGUCUGAGCACCCAGCAGCUAGGCAUGGUGAGCUCCACUGCCUACCACGGCUAUGACCUCUACAUCGAAGAUGGUCUCAUCUGCUUGAAACACAAAUUGCGCAACUUGGAGAAAAAGAAGCUGAAACUUGAAGACUACAAGAGGAGGCUGACCUGGGGCGAGGAACUUAACCAUGAUCAGAUGGCGGCGGCGGAAAAGUACGAGGAGGUGCUUCAUAACCUGGCCUUUGCACAGGAGCUGCACAAAACCCUAGAAGAAUUGACUCAGAAUCUGUUGAGAGCCCAGAGGAAGGCAGUGAGGAAGGAGAAAGUAGCAAAGGAGGAGACAGAGAGGAGGAAUCUGACCUCUGUGCUGCAGGUCCAGCACCUUCUCCACAUCAUGCAGCUGGAACACAUCAGGACAGACUUACUGGCUGGACACAACAAGCCCCCCCCCAUCACAGCCCAGAAGCUGCAGAGCAUGAGUCAGCUGGCCACCCUGCUGGGAGUCAAAAGGGACCACACACUGAGUUUAGAGGAGCAGAUGGAGCGGGCGGCUCUGGCCCACCUGGACCUGUUGGAAGGGAACGAAAAGCCGGUGGCUGGGUCCACAUUUAAGCUGUUCAAAGAAGAACUCGCUGAGCUGUUGAACUGCAAGUACUUCACUCGUCUUCCAUCUCGACCCAAUAACCCUCCAGAGGAGCUGCUGAGAGCCGACAGCCACAGCCCUAUAGCCACAACAAACUCAAAUGAAGUUUCCAAGGAGAACUGGAAGGGGGGCUUCCACACCAGGGAGCAGGAGCCUCCUGACUGCUGGGAUCUGGACUCCUCUGCUGGACCCUGUUCCCCCCGGGCUGCAGUUCAAAUGCCAUGGAGAGGAGCUGCCACCUUCAUCCCCAAAGGCCUAGUCACCACCAAAAAACAAUCUGCUGGCUGCAAACAGCGAAAAGAGAGAGCCAAAGGAAUGCAAUCCGCCAACUCUGCAGUCCAAAUCGAUAUGCCUGUGGAGGUUUUCAACUCUUCAUAUGCCUUACCCAAAGACCCUUUCCUCAGAAAGCAGCACCUAGAGGAUCUUGUGACAAAGAUCCAUGGCUCCUUCAGCUUUAUGCAGGACUCUCUUCUGGAGGGUGAGAUCUCCCCCAUCAAUGGCCACCAUAAACUGAAUCGGAGGUCGUCUCAAUCUUCAUCCCCUCUAGGACAUGUAGAUGGAGGAAGUCCAGGUGAUGUCCUGCCAAAAUCAAUGCAUUCCACCCCACUGCCUACCAGGCUUAUUGAGCGCAGAGCCAGUUGGACUAAGGGGGAUGAGUGCUUGGAGACCUGUGCACUAGAACUUCCUUCAGAGGACUUGCCUCAUGAGCUACUGCAGCUGGCUGAAAGAAAGAAGUUUCCUUCACCGCCGAUGUACCGCAGGGAGGCCACAAUACCUGUCAGCCUGAAGGAGAAGAGCGGUCCUUAUGUCUUCAAGGAGAAUGCCACCUUUUCUAAGAAUGGAGAAUUGAACUACAAAUCAGAUUCUUCAGUUUUUGCUGAACCCAGUUACAGCACUGCCAGUACCCAAACACCAGCUGAGUUUUGUCCCCCGGAAGACGAACCACAACCAGGAGGAUCCUACAUUCCCCAGAAUCAUCUGAGAGACUGUGGCCCUGUCUUCUAUGCUGCCAGAGAUGCUGGAUACCAUCAUGGCUAUAGACGUGGAGGAGGGAGGCAUAACUUGAGUGCAGCCUGGAGUGACUCUUCCCAGGUGAGCACCCCAGACCGGGAGAGAGCGUUUACAAUUGUGGACUCAGGUCAUGGGGAUUCCCUGUCAUUGUCCACCAUGGAGGUCCCUCUCUCUCCCCACGGCGACCGUCAAGCCCUGCUUCCGAUGCAACUCUACCCACUCUCCCAGCCAAUGAGAGUGGCUUUUAAUGCCUCUCGCACGGCCAAUUUUGUCCCAGGCAACCUGGACCAGCCCAUUGUCUUCGACCAGCUGCACAGCAACCUCGGAGAGAUGUUUGACACCCGUACCGGCCGCUUCACCUCCCCUGUCAAUGGAACCUAUGUCUUCCUCUUCCACAUCCUGAAGCUUGCCAUCAACGUGCCUCUCUAUAUUAACCUCAUGAACAACGAAGAGGUGAUGGUUUCUGCAUACGCCAACGAUGGGGCCCCAGAUCACGAGACAGCCAGCAACCAUGCUAUCCUGCCCCUCUUUCAGGGAGACCAAGUGUGGCUCCGUUUGCAUCGGGGGGCAAUCUAUGGAAGCACCUGGAAGUACAGCACCUUCUCUGGCUUCCUUCUCUACCAGGAUUGAACCUGAUCAAACAUCUAUAUUCUUCCAGUGUGAGGACUUUCCCUUUACUUGACAAUACAAUGAAAAAAGGACAUUUCAAGAUACAAGCCAAUGGCACCAUCUAUAUUUAAAGUUGUGACUUGAGAUAAACCAAAAGUAGUUGAUGUCCCAUGAAUGCGUUCUACUAGUAUCAGUCACAAGGAAAAAGUGAUCAACCAACCUGUGUUGUCACCCAUUCAUUCAUCAGGUCACUGAUUUCAAUGUUAUGAGUUUGUGCCUCUUUUGUUUUCUGGAAGGCUUCGGACAACUUUCUAGAUGGGCUUAACUAUUGUCUGAUUUAUGUAAUUAAUUGUGGUUGACUCUACUGUCGUCUUGUUGAUGGGCUCUUGUGUCUUGUGCUAAAUGUGACGCUAAGGAAGGAAAUAUAUGUUGUUGGUGGUGGGAAUGGUGCUUAACAAUCAGGCAUUUGGCCUAAACAGACUGCUAUAGAGACGUUGUGGUCCUAUUGAUGUGUCUAAAUAAAAGAUGAGCAGUACAUUCUUUGUGCUUAAUCGUU